AUGACUCUCAAUCUGGUCAUGGAGAUCCUCGACAAACUCGCUUUGACUGCCUUUGUUCUCGUUCUCAUUCUUUAUUUUCAAAAGUUUUACUGGGCUCGUUCUCUUCCCCUACCGCCCGGACCGAGACGACUCCCUCUUCUUGGUAACUUGCUUCAAUUGCCGACAAGUUUUGAGUGGGAAAAGUACCACAAGUGGUGUCUGGAGCUUGGUACCGACAUCAUCCAUCUCGAUGCUGCAGGGGUAUCAAUUAUCGUUCUCGAUUCGAUGGAAGCUGCAGUUGAGUUGGUUGAGAGGCGGUCCACAAUAUACUCCAGCCGCCCCCAUUCGGUGAUGCUGAACGAGCUUAUGGGACAUGAAAGGAAUUUUGGUACGGUUGCUGGAAUGGAUACGUCUCUUCCUCUUCCUCACUUCUUUUGUGACUUCCAGCUUUUAUGA